AUGACGGACGCCGAGGGCGUGCAGCAAGAGCUCCAAGACUACCUCCACAAGAAAGGCAUUAAUUCGCUGUUUAUGAACCUCGUCGAGUCGCUGCUGCUCGCAAAGCCAGAGAACCCGAUUCGCCACAUUGUCCAGUACUUGUGCACGACGUAUCCAGACGAGACAAAGCCGCGCGGGCGAGUGACGAGCAUGGGGGACGACGAUCCGAUACUGUCGCAUCAUGGACACUACCACUCGGACGAGAGCGAUAGUGACGACGACGAUGAGAGCGAAGACGACGUGGGUGAGAUCGUGGCUAUUGCGCCACCUUUGCGGAUGGCCAAGGGGCGACGUACUUCCGUGUCUGCUGAACCUAUUGACCCGUCGAGCGUCCGGCAUUUUGAGCGCGUGGUGCAUCCCAAGUCCCAAGAAGAGAUGGACGGCAUCAGUUGCAUGGUCGCGGAGAACAUCUUGUUCAAGUCUCUGGAUGAGAAACAGCAUCAGAUUGUGCUCGACGCCAUGUUUCCCAAGGAGUUUGCACCUGGAGAGACUAUCAUCAAGCAAGGAGAUGACGGCGACAACUUUUAUAUCCUCGAGAGCGGCGUCUGUGAAGUCUACAAGGACGGCGAUCUAGUGCAAACGUGCACAGAAGCAAUGUCGUUUGGUGAAUUGGCACUUAUGUACAACGCUCCCCGGGCGGCAACUGUGAAGGCAGUGCAGCAUUCAAAGGCGUGGGCACUGGAUCGACAGACAUUCAAAUUUAUCAUCAUGGAAACAACGUUACAGAAGCGCGAGGCACAUAAAGGAUUUAUUGAGCGCGUUCCUUUGCUCGAGUCGCUGAGCGAGUAUGAGCGUCUCACUGUGGCAGAUGCGCUCAAGACCGAGACGUUCAGUGACGGCGAAGUCAUCAUCACUCAGGGCGACGACGGGAACCUGUUUUACAUCAUCGAAGAAGGCGUGGCAGUGUGUACGAAGCAGCUCUCACCGGCAGAGCCCGCGGUAGAAAUGGGUCAUCUCACGUCUGGCGCGUACUUUGGUGAGAUCGCACUGCUCACCACGAGGCCUCGCCAGGCAACAGUAACCGCACGCGGCCGGGUCAAGUGCCUCACCUUGGAUCGAAAGACGUUCAAGAGGGUUAUGGGCCCGCUAGAAGACAUCUUGAAGCGCAACAUCGACAAGUACAACUUAAUCAUUGCCAACGACGUUUAA